AUGUCGAUUAAGAGUGUGCACUUUCUCCUGGUGACGAUAUGCAUUGCAUCCUCUGUUAAUGCUCAGUUUCCAUUUCCGUUUCCAUUUCAACCAAGUCCUGGUGGUAUGCCAGGGUUUCCCUUUCCACAUCCAUUUCAACCAAGUCCAGGUGGUAUGCCAGGAAUUCCUGGUAUAAGCCAAUGUUGGUCAACACUGAUGGAUAUGCCAGGCUGUUUUGCAGAGAUCAGACAAUCCAUUAUGACCGGUAAAUUCGGAAGCAUAGGUCCUGCCUGUUGUAAAGCUUUUUUAGAUGCUGAAGCCAACUGCACACAAAAUCUUCCAUUCAAACCGUUUUUUCCUCCUAUGCUAAAGGAACAAUGCUCGCGUGCUGCAGGUCCUCCAACGAUGUUGUAG